AUGUUUUUCCAAUGACUGAUAAAUAGAGCGAGAGAUCUUAAUCCCUCAAAUCAAAAUGGCGAUCGGAAACCUACCGGAAGAUUUGGAAAUGGAGAUUCUGUGUCGGCUUCCAGUGAAAUCCCUGCUUCGAUUCAAGUCAGUCUGCAAAAACUGGUAUGCUCUCAUCCUAAACCCUAGUUUCAUUUCCCUCCACCAAGAUCGCGCAACCACCGUCGCCACCGCAGGAAACACUGAUUGCCUCCUCGUUAAGCGCUUCGUCGCCGACGACAAGGGUGGCAUGGCCUUGUCCUUUGUUCGCUACCGAAAACCAGUUGAAGAUAUUGAUAUAUCGUCCACUGGUCUAGAUAUUACACGUCUACGAAUGCUGGGUCCUAGUAACGGCGUCGUUUGUCUCACCAGCUUGGCUUUAAACUCCCCCAUUGUGAUGUGCAACCCUUCAAUGAAAGAAUUCAAGGUACUUCCUCAAUCUUGUUACAAAAAUACCCGUUAUUGCAAUUUGGGAUUUGGGUUUGAUCCCUCAAAAAAUGAUUACAAAGUGGUUAAAUUCGCCAUGAGGAGUACGAAAUUUAGCAAUAACAGCAUUGCUAAAAGAAUUGAAAUAUAUGACUUGCGUACUGAUUCUUGGAGAGAAGUUGACGCUGGCACCCCCAUUGAGCUAGAUUUCCUAUGUAGUGAAUUUGUAUUCGCAUCAUGGAAUGGAGAUUUUUACUGGUACACUGACCCUCACCAUGGUGGUGAUGCGGCGAUUCUCGCAUUUAGUAUGACCAAUGAGUUGUUUAAAGAGAUGCCCGUGCCAAAAGUUUGCUUGUUACACCAGCCUCACCAGCGGAGCGUUAUGAGGCUUUCUGUUUUGCUAGAUUCCCUUGCCUUGGUUAUUUAUUCGCAGUCAGAAAGGUGCUUUGACAUAUGGGUAAUGGAUGAAGAGGAUGGUGAGAUGUCAUGGACUAAAAAGUUCACUAAACCCUUCCAGGGAAUCGAGCGGGCAUUGGGAUUUCGGAAAAAUGGUGAGUUCCUUGUGGAGAGCUUCAGUGGACUGAUGAUGUCAUACAACCUUAAUACUCGAGAAAUAAUUGAGUAUCAAGUAGAUGGUCCUUUUCCUUCAUUUAAUUUACAACUUCUUCCAUACACAGAGAGCUUGGUUUCGGUCAAGAGACACAAUGAGCUUGAUGGGCACAUUGAGUGAUAGACAUAAUUUCAGUUUGGGCUUUCAUGACCUCGAGUCACUAAAAUAUUUCUUCGUGCUGCACAGAGGGCGCUCGUGAAGUCCUUUAGGGGUUUGCUGCCAAUUGCAAUACUGCUAACUUUAAAAGAAGGGAGAGGAGGGAAAGGUUGGAUUUCCCUGGCUUGGACAAUGGACAACCAUGUUUAUGUUCUUGUUUCUGUAGUUUACAUAGCUUUUCUUCAAUGAAGUUCAUAUUGGGACUGGAUUGCCGCCGAAUGUGGUCUUAGUCAUACAUCUGACUGUGUCCCUUUUUUUUUUUUUUGAAACAACAAACAGAAGCUACUGGGUAUACUUCAACAUAAUGGAAUCCGCUUGCCUCCUAAUAUAGUCUUAACGACACAUUUGAUUUUGUCACUCUAAUGUUAAGAAACAGAUUGGAGUGGUUUCUCAAUUGCACCAAACAAUUUUGAACGUGACAAUCUGUUGAAAUUUGAUUUCCUUAACGAUGAGACAAGUCUGUAUUUCCUGCAUCCCCGAAAAGGCGUCUCCUCAGGGUAGCUCAUUAUUGGAUUUAUUAGAGAAUUUGUAUUCUUGGGGUGAGAUGGGGUUAUGAAGCAAGAUAUUAAUUGAGGAAUUCCCCAUCAAUUUUAGGCUUUUUCUGUAGAGGUCUAUUGCAUAUGGUUUACAAUCUCUUAUGAUACUGCCCAAGAUGAGCAGCAAACCAUCAUCUAAUGUCGUGACAUCACCCGUAAGAAUAUUCAGUGCUAGGGCCAUGAUGUAAAGCUUCAUGGUCUAUUCUAAUAUUGCCAUUUGUCAAGGUAGCCUCUUCUUUAUUUUUUUUGGAAAUAGCAAUGUAUCUGUUCCUUCUAAUUCAGUUUGCUAUAGUAGCAUUGUUUUUACCACUGGCAAGAAAAUUGAUGGUUUAUUUUAUUUAUACUAUGUUUUCCUUUUCUUCUGCGUGAUGCGGUGAUUGGAUUCAUGUAACCUGAGAUUGGUGCAAUAAUACUUUUCAUUUGGACAUCUGAUCCGUAUGUUCGACUUACUGUGUGCAUUCAUGUUGGAGGAUGCCAAACACAGUUUCCUUUUUUCCCUUUUUCCUUGCAUCUCUUCUUUCCUCCACUCACUGUAUUAUUCAUUAUGCAGCAUACAAUUGAUGGAGUGCCAAAAGCUUUGAGCUCAUGGUUCAGGAAAGUUUGGCCCAGGCAUACGAUUCCAGUUUCAUGUAUCACUCCUCUUUCAGCUGAAAUAUUUUGGAGUUGCCUUUUCUGGCCUAUUGAUACAUAGAGGAUGUAAUUCAGGGAAGUAAUGUAACUACGUGAGAUUGUCAAAUAUAUUUUUCACCACUGCUUCUUUCAA